AUCUUUCAUUGUCUGAUUUUGCUGUCUAAUGUCUUCCUUGAUACUCCAGAUCAUCUGAAGCAUGUAUAUCCUGAAUUCUUUAUCUGACAUUCCAUCUGCUGCAGCUGUUACCUCUUCUAAAGUUGCAUUGACCUGCAUUGCUUGUGGUCCUUUCUUUCCUUGUCUUUUCAUACUGCUUGCGUAUCUUUCCUGCAGGCGCGGGCGGCGGCUCUGCUCUCUCCUUAUUCCAAUUGGGGUGUCGUGACUACCAUGCCGGCAGGUCACUGGGCCUGUUCUGGGCGCUGGCGGCGGCUCUGUUCUGCCCCUACUCCAAUUGGGGUGACGAGUGUACCACGGUGGCAGGCCACCGGGCCUGAUCCGCCGGUCGGUUGCAGGUUUGCCUACCCUGCAGGCGCGGGCGGCGGCUCUACUCUGCCCCUACUCCAAAUGGGGUGACGUGUCUGUCGUACCGGCCGGCCACUGGGCCUGUCCCGCUGGUCGGUCGCAGAUCUGCCCACCUUUCGGGCACGGGUGGUGGCUCUGCUCUGCCCCUACUCCAAUUGGGGUGUCGUGACUACCCCGCCGGCAGGUCGCUGGGCCUGUUCCUGGCACGGGCGGCGACUCUGCUCUGCCCCUACUCCAAUUAGGGUGAUGUGUGUACCAUGCCGGCAGGCUCCUGGGCCUGAUCUUCAGGUUGGUCACAGGUCUGCUCACCCUGCGGGCACGGGUGGCGGUUCCGCUCCGCCCCCACUCCAAUUGGGGUCACGUGACCACCACACCGGCAGGGCCUGAUCCGGGCGUGGGCGAAGGAUCUGCUCUGCCCCUACUCCAGUUGGGGUGACGUGUGUACCACUCUGGCAGGCCGCUGGGCCUGACCCGCCAGUCUGUCACAGGUCUGCUUGCCUUGCAAGCGCGGGCGGCGGCUCUUCCCUGCCCCUCCUACCACGCUCGUGUACCACUGGGUCGCGGGUCUGCCCACCUUGCGGGCACGGGUGGCGGCUCCGCUCCGCCCCCUCUCCAAUUGGGUUCACGCGGUCACCACGCCGGCGAGCCGCUGGGCCUGCUCCGGGCGCUGGCGGCGGCCCGGCUCCUCCCCUCUGGCUCGAGGACAAAUCGAGAGAGACUCGGGUGUCUGUGCCUCACCCCCCCUACCAGGAGACCAACUGUUUCUGUCGCCGCUGGUAUUGAUGAAGUUCUCUCCUCUGCCGCUUUCUGAUGACAUCAGAUCUCUGCCAUGUUGGUGUCCUAUGCGAAUGGCAGCAUUUCGUUCCCCUGUUCUAUGGCUGAAUGAGCUGCGGUCAGUCGAAAAGAGGGAUGGUGAUGUCAGCUUUCCAACAUGGUGGCCGCUGGCCUCCUCUGUGGUCUGACCGGUGUGGAGAACCGAGAUGGACCGCUUCCUUCCCCCGUCUCGAACCCAGAAUUCAGCCCUGAGUACGGUGCUUGCACGGCUGGCAGAAACUGCAGCACUGUAUCCCUGCGUCGCUAUCUCCCUCAUCUUUCUCUUGUGUCCCCAGCACUGUGUUUUCAUCACAGAAUCACAGGUGGACAAAGCCCCAUUGCCUAGGGGUAUACAGAUUUCUCAUCUUGGCUCUGUUGGUGUCUUUUCCAGGUUUGCCUUCAUUAUUAUGUGUGAGGAUGGCCUUAGGCUUGAGCCUAAGCAACUUCGUUUUUAAAACUCCAGUUUGAAACCUGCAGUCUCACCAGGCAUGCCUAACGGAGGAGCCCUCCUCUCCCAUAUGGCCCUCAGACACAAACAAGUCACUUACUCUGACCCUGGUAAACUCAGAGUGAAGCCGCUGGUAGGCUGUCUUCACAGAUCAGGGUAAAUGAUGUCCCUGAGAAAUCCAGUAGCAGCUGAUAAGGAUUGAAAGGGAGGUCAAAAGCCCCCAAAUUUAGUAUAAAUAAUAGAGCAAACGAAUAGACAUUCAGCCAGCUGGAGAGCCUGAUGAGGACCUGGAUUGACAUCCCAACUCUUCUCAUCUGCCUGACCCUCUGUAUCUUCCUCAACACUCUCAAACUCUACAGCCACAUCUUGACCCUGGUGAGAGCCGCAACUUCUCCUUAGGUCUACCUCCUCAACUGGCCCGUCAGGUUCACCCCAGGAGAAGCCUGUCUUGUUUCCUGAUCUGAUCACUGUGGUCUGAGUGAGUGUGCAUCUAUCUGCCGGAUUAGAGCCUAAGGCUUGAGACUUUUGAUCUGACACUUGAACUUAGCACGCAGAGGGAAUGUCUGUCAUGAGCCUAUCAUGAUUAAGUGUGUUUGCAGUGCUUAGAAAUAAUGUAUCUAGAAUUGUUUGCUGUGAAUUAAUUAAUCUAGGAUUAUUUGGAGUGCUUAGAAUUAAUUAAUCUAGAAUUGUUUACUGUGAAUUGAUUAUGUCUAUUGCAGUGCCUCGAAUUAAGGAUUGUCAUUCCUUUGAUAAGGAAUCCUAUAGAGUGAAAUUAUUUGAGUGAACAAAGCAUUGAAAGGGGCAGAAGCUCGUGGACAUUCUUUAUUUCUCCCCUUCGACUGCAUAAGUUGCACCUUUUGCCCAUUGUGACAGCAUGUUAGUAACUCUAGUCAUCUCCAGUCUUACUUAAUCCUCAUUGCUUCUCCUCACUAGUCUCCUCCACAGGGUUCUUUUCUUGUAUCUGGGACAUGGCAAGGCCUGGAUCUUGAGUUCAGGGGGCACAGGAAGUCAACCUGAGAAGGGAAGGGGGAGGGGAAACAGGGACAAGCUGUGAUGUCUGUGGCCUCAGCUCCUGACACUGUGGGAUUCUUGCAGUUUUGUUGUAGGAGUUGAAAUUGAGAAGUGUGAGUCAUCCGUGCUCUUUUUUUUAUAAAUUGUGUGUGUGUGUGUGUGUGUGUGUGUGUCUGUGUGGUGCUGGGGAUUGAACCCAGGGUCUUGUGCAUGUGAAGCAAGUACUCUACCAACUCAGCUAUAUCCCCAGCCCAUAAAAAUGGUUUUGGCCAUACUGGUUUACAUGUUCUUACAUUUCCAUAUAAUAUUUAGGUUCAGUUUGCCAAUUUACACAGAAGGGGCUCCUGAGAUUUUGAAGGUAAUCAAUUUGAGGUGUAUGGCCACCUUAAUGGAACUCCUCUUUUGCAUACAUUGCUAUUAGUGACAUUUCUUAUUGUCUUAUUGUAGCUUUUAACAGAUAUGGCUAAGUUAUAUGCUGCCCUUUUGAAAAAAAUUAUUAAAUAAAAUAUUAAAGCUGGUUUGUCCUUGUGUUUUGUUCUAGAAACAACAAACUAAUCUGGAAGACUUUUCUGCUUUAUCUUUUUUUUCUUUUAAGCAGCAUGAAAAAUAUUGUACUCAAAUGUAACCACUUCCUCCUAGUUGCUUAGCCAAUCCACUGCCAAUAUAACUCUUCCAGGAAAUAUUGUCUCUUGUGAAACUUCAAGGUUUUGUCACUUUUGAAUCACCUAGCUUCUAGUGUCCUUUAGUCCUAUAGUGGACACAAGAUGGAUCACAUUUAACCUGUCAAGCUACAGCCUCCUCUCAGUUCAUUUGGAAAUUUCUGCAGGUGUAACACAGAACAUGGUGUUGGGUUCUUUGUCUUGUGAAUUUGAAGAAUGAAAUCCAUGGACAGAAGGUCAGAAUAGAGUAACAGGAUUUAUUAGACUAAUAGAAAGAAAACAGAGCUCCCAAAGAGGGGAGGAAUCCCUGGGAGUUGAGGGAUGCGCACGAAUGGAUAUUGUUUAGAGGUUUAUAUGGAUAGACAGGUGGUUUUUGUUGUUGUUGUUGUUGUUUUUGGAUACUGUGGAUUUAAUUCAGAAGAACUUAACCACUGAGCUACAUUCCUAGCCCUCUUUGUUUUAAUUUUUUUUUUUUUUUAAAUUUUUGAGGCAGAGUUUCACUAAGUUGCUUAUAGCCUUGCUAAGUUGCUCAGGGCCUCACCAUGUUGCUCAGGGCCUUGAUAAAUUGCCGACACUAGCCUUGAACUUGAAUUCCUCCUGGCUCAGGCUCCCAAAUUGCUGGGAUUACAGUUGUACAACACUGCGCCUGGUAAGUAGUAGCACCGGUUAUCAGGGACGAGUUCUGCUCCCUCACAUGUUGAAGUAUAACAUUAGAGAAGCACGCCGAGGCAAGCAUAUAAAGCAGGGUUUAUUUAAAAAGGGGUAACAUAGACUUCUCCUGGGAGGGAGAAGGGGGCAUAGCUGGUAUCCUGGUAUCCCCAGAAGUGAGGUGUUCUGCCUUUUUAUAUGUCUUAGGCUUUCUUUGCUCUUCUGCCCUCUUCCCCUUAUCUUUCUCCUUCUUGCAUAAGUGAUUAGGCCCAGGAUGACCAAAAGGUGGGAAACAGGUGGGCUGAAGAGGGAAGGGCAGGAUGGUGCAGCCCAAGACACAGUAAUUAACAACUUUAUAGCUCCCUGUAGGGGCAGGGGCAGGUUCUUGUUAAGGGUGAAGGAAGGGCUCUGAAAGAAGUAAGGUUUCAGGGUUGGGGAUAUAGCUCAGUUGGGAGAGCGCUUGCCUCACAUGCACAAAGCCCUUUGUUUAAUCCCCAGUACCACAAAAUAAUUAAUAUGUCAAUCCCAGACUUCUCUGGAGUUACUUAAAAUUGGCCUGACUCAAUCUGACCUGAUGUGAUUUACCUGUCUAUACUGACUGCCUGUUAAUUCUGGCUUCACAAGGAUGGAUGGGUUUAAGGAAGUCUGUCCCCUGCCCAAACCUAGUUAAGGCACUCAGUGUCUAUGAGGUAUUCAUGCAGGCUUUAGUCCAAUCAAAAUAUUGAUCAGACAUUUUUCCUUCUAUGGAGAGGCCGUGGACUUCAGGUCACCUAUGUCCUGAAUUUCUAUUGCAUAAGUCCUGAUUUUAAAAACAGUCUUUAUGUAAGUUUCUCAGCAAAAAUCUGCAGCUGCUGUUUGUGCUGUGCUGUCCAAGAAGUUACCCAGCCUCAUCUCUUGCUCCUGAUGCCUAGGAGAGAAAUGUAUUUGAUUUAGGCCUGGAAGGAAGGUAACUUAACAGAAAAAGGUAACCUAACAGAAAAAGUCUCUUCCUCCGGAACUUAGUUUCACUUAACUCCCAUAUGCCAUCUAAGGCUGGUUCUGGGAAGGUCUCUGAGUCAGUGCGUAAAGGUAUGGCGUGAUAUGGAGGAGGAGGGAGUCUUGGAAGUUGGAAGGUGUCAAAUCAAAAGCUCCUGCUACCCCAGGCCCUUUUGAGGACUCUCAAGAACUGGGAUGGACCUUUCAGCACACUGAGCUAUUCUCUAGCUGGAGCACCCACCCCCUCUAUCCUGGGUGUCAAUCCUUCAUUCAUAUAUAAAGUCUCUCUGAGGUUGGGGAACUUGGACCAGAGCUUGGAGGUAAAGGAAAACCAAUCAGGUCUACUAUUCCUGCUUCCCAAAGCGGAACUAAAGAGAAACAGGUGUUUCCCCUUAGUCACCAGAGCAGUAGCUGACACCCAUCACCAUUAAAGGAUAUAAAGGUUUUGACUGUCCUUCAGGCAGAGGCUGAGAAUUGUUCAUGUUACUGUCAGCUCAGCAUCAGUGUGCCCUAGGGGGUUUUGUUCUAAAGGGGAGAAGUUUGAAAUACUGAGUACAAAUACCCACGGGGCCUGCUAUCUCCCCUUGGUAACUCGGCUUAAGUCUUUCCCUUGACUACCAGGAUUACUAAGAGAAAAGCUUAAGUUUUACCUUCCUUCCAGGCCUAAAUCAAAUACCUCUCUCUCCUGGGCAUCCUUGUCUAGACUUGUCCCUGACUUCUUUGAGUCUGUGUGACACUGAGGAGAAGCCCCAUUUUUAGCACCACCACACCCUGCCCACUUCUUACAGAUCCUGUGUGGUGACAUAGGGAGUGACAGCCAGCAGUAGCCUGAAGAUCAAGAACUCAGGAUUUGGAAUCAGAGAGACCUGGGUUUGGGCCUGAAUUACCAGCUCUUCCCAGUUUGGGGAUGGUGGCAAGAGAGUCUGCCUUUCUGAACCUCUGUCUCCUCAUCUAUUGAAUGUAGAUAAUAAGCUAACAAAAGCAGAAAGUAGCUAAUAAAAGUUUAUUAGAGAUGGGAUAAAAAAGUGGUAGUGUCAUAGUUAUUAAGGAAGGCCAGCACUGUGUCUUAUUCCCUUUUGCUUUCCAAUGGAAUUCCAUGCUUUAGAUUUAGGAAAUGCUUGCUAAAUAGUUAACAUUAUUGAAUAAAAGCUGAAAGAGUUAAUGUGAGAAAGAAAUGAUAGUUUUAUAAAAUUGCCUCCCCAAAUGGCCUAAGGAACAAAAUAUUUCUAAUCAAAUCAGAGGACUAAGAUUUAGGGUUUAUCUGUCUUUAUCUUUUUAAAAAAAGAUUAGGGUAAGCCAGGUGUGGUGGAAAAUGCCCCUAAUCCCAGCAACUCAGGAGGCUAAGGCAGGAGAAUCUCAAGUAUGAGGUCAGCCUCAGCAACAUAGGGAGACACUGUCUCAAAAUUUAAAAAUAAUAAAAAGGGCUGGGGAUAUACCCCUGAGUUCACUCCCCAGUACCCCCCACCAAGUGGUAAAAUACACAUAACAUAAAAUUUCUCAUUUAAAUAAUUUUAAAUGUACAAUUCAGUGGCAUUAUGUAGAUUGAUGUUGUCAUACAAUUCUCACUACAGUACUUGUCUUUGUCAAAUACUGAAACUCUCUGGGUGAGGUCUAGAGUAUGGAAUGGCACUUUAGCACAUUUGCUGGAAAAAGCAUCCUACAUCUUGCUUUUUUCCAGAGAUAAACAUCUUCCUAAGCUUCUGUACCUCUUUCAAUAGUUCUGCACAUUUGAGUUAAUUUCAGUGUAGGGACUUGGAGUCAAACUUGCCCAUUUAAAUAUUGCUUUCUGGCUCACUGCGUGACCUUGGGCAAAUUACUUUUUACCUUUCUGUGCCUUAAUCUUCACAUUUUUAAAGCAGGGGCCAUAGUAAUAGUUUUAAUUUUAGAGUGUUGUUGGGAUGAUUAAUUAAGUAAAUAUUUGUCAAUACUCUAUGAGUGGCACAUGGUAGGUACAAUGCAAAUAUUUCCUAUUAUUUUAUUAUGAGAAAUACUUCUUCAAAAUCUCUUUUUCCUGCUGGAUCGAAAACGUUGAGAAUGCAGAUACUAUCAGUGUCGUCUACUAUUAAUUAAUUCACUUGCAAGAAACUCCAAAUAGGUUUAUAGUCUCCCGUUUUCACUUAUUUUUUGGUCUUUUAAAAUAUUUUAUUUAUGUGCACAUGGGCUUACUUAAAAUUUUUAUUUAUUUGCACAUGGACAUACUCAAGGAAAGAUUAAGAUAACUACUGUUUCAUGAGCUUUCUGGUUUUAUUUUAAAGGAGAAGUGAGUUUGGGAAGGAGAUGGGUAGGGAAAUGGACUUGUUUCCUUUUGGGGGAAUUGUGAUCUAAAGGAAUGGCUGGAGUACCUCCUGGAUCCCAGAGCCAUUUGCCUUUUCCCACUUGGGGAAUUCCCGAGCUCUGUGAUGAGUAACCAAUGUACAUUGGCCUUUAGGAGGUGCUGUUAGUCAAGAUUAUUUUAGUCAGGGACAGGGAGGGAAAAAAACCUAGGAGCAAUGACAAAAGCAGGAAGUUAAGAGUCACCGUUCUCCAGACCAAUUGGGACAGCACGUUUUGGGUUCUCUCUUGCUACACAAAUGGACCUCAGAGCACAUAAAGGAUUCUAGUUUCUUUGAAACUUCAUUUUAAGGGAAUUCUUCAGAGAAACUUUUCCUUCCAGAGGCUUGGUGGAACUUAGAGCGGAAGACAUGAUGGCCACAUCUCAAGAUCAAAGUCUGGGUUCCAGUUCAGAUGAAAACUGUCAAUUGAGAUUUCGAGAGAAGCUUCUAGCUAUCGAUUUGGAACUGAAGUUUCAAGAUGUAGAAAGCCUAAAGUUUCUCUGCAUAGGUUUCAUCCCCCAGAAUAAGAUGGAAAAGUGCAGGUCUGCCUUGCAUCUUUUUGAUUAUCUCAUGACAGGGGAGAUGAUAAGUGUAAAAGACCCCUUCUUCCUGGCAGAACUCCUCUAUACCAUCAAGCAGAAUUAUCUGCUGCGGCACCUCGGCUACACCAAAAAGCAGGUGGAAUGUUUACUUCCCAUCAGAGGGAAGCUGUCUCCAUUCAGAAAACUGCUCUAUGAACUGUCAGAAGGCAUUGAUGAAGAGAAUUUGAAAGACAUCAUCUUUCUGCUGGCAGAUAAGAUUCCCAAAGUCUCGAUGAGUCCUCUAAGUUUAUUGGCCUACCUAGAAAAAAACACUGAAAUAGAUGAAGAUAAUGUGAUAUUACUGGAGAAGGUUUUUAAAAAGGUUGCACCUUUCCUUCUAAGGAAGAUAGAGAACUAUAAAAGAGAGAAAGCUGCCCAGGAAGUGACACCUCCUGUGGACAAAGAAACUGAAUCAUUGCCUCAAGGACAGGAAGAAAUAUUUACUCCAUCAGACAUUAAGCAGUUCCAUGGAGCCUUAACAGAGGGAUUGUGGCAAAAUGAGCACUCCAUGAAUCAUGGCAAUGAAGCCACAAAUGGUGCACUAAUUCCUGUGUCCAUGGAGACCGUAGGAGCACCUGCUAACACCCUGGGUUCUGAAAUCUGGACAAAGGAGACAAUUAUGUACAGGAUGGAUCGGAAACACAGAGGCCACUGUAUCAUUAUCAACAAUCACAGCUUUACCUCCCUGAAAGAUAGACCAGGAACCCAUAGAGAUGCUGAGUGUCUAAAGCUUGUGUUUGAGUGGCUUGGGUUCACAGCACACAAAUAUGAUGAUGUGACUAAAGGAGUCAUGGACAAGAUUCUGCAGGAGUAUAAGAGUCAUCCAGGCCAUGCUGAUGGGGACUGCUUUGUGUUCUGCAUUCUGACCCAUGGGGAAUUUGGAGCAGUCUACUCUUCAGAUGGAGUCCUAAUUCCUAUUCGGAGUAUCAUGCGUCACUUCACAGCCCAGCAGUGCCCUGGGCUGGCUCACAAACCAAAACUCUUUUUCAUUCAGGCCUGUCAAGGGCCAGAGGUACAAACUUCUGUGUUAACUGAAGCAGAUGCUCAGAAUUCUAAGCAUCUUUCCCUUAUGGAUAGUGUUCCCACUGAGGCUGACUUCUUGCUUGGUCUGGCCACUGUCCCAGGCUAUAUGUCCUUUCGGCAUAUAAGAGAUGGCAGCUGGUAUAUUCAGUCUCUGUGUAAUCAUCUGAAGAAGUUGGUACCAAGACAGGAAGACAUCUUAUCUAUUCUCACUGCAGUCAACAAUGAUGUGAGUCAACAGGUGAACAGCGACGGAACACUGAGACAGAUGCCCCAGCCUGCUUUCACACUAAGGAGAAAACUCGUGUUCCCUGUGCCACAGAAUGCACUUUUAUUAUUGUAGAGAGUCUUCACUGGCUCCUAGAUUUGAAAGGAAACUUUGAUUAUGUCCUCCGGCCUCCCUCCCAGCAUGGGAAUUGGUGAUAGGUGAUGAGUUGGUCUCCACCUGUCAUUCUAGCAAUGGAAAUACCUUGUUUUAUGAUAGUCAAUUCUACUUUUUUUUUCUUUUGACAAGUCUACAUAUUAGAAAACUUCAUUGAUUAAAGACUUGGGUUAUAGCCUUGGCUUUGGGUAGGUACCCUGAAGAACAAACAACUGACCUUGGUUUGUGCGUCUGUGAAAUGCAAGGUGGGAACAGAUGUAUUUUUCAGGUUCCUUCAGUUCUAAGAACCACUGGCUUAGACUGAGCUUGGCUUUCCUCUCUAGAUGUAUACCCCUUGGUUAUAAUUCUUUGUCCCCUCUGCAUGGCCCUGGACAUGGGAUGAUGGCAUCAUGAUGCACACUCCAUCUGCUGUCCCCCUUCCUAAACUUCUCUUCCUGCACAUGUAGUGAGGGGAAUCUGGUCUGUGCCACAGCCAAUCUCCUGCUUUAGGGUAGGGAAGGUACUCAUGUUUUUCUUGGGCUGGGCAGAGGUGUGGUUCUAGGAAGAAGACAGCUCACUGAGAAGACAGACAUAUUCAGCUGCUCCAGAAACAGAAACUUCAUAGCCUGAUGUCACACUCUCUCUUGUUCAAAACUUUUCAGGUGCUGGUGGCAGAACACCCAGCUCAAACUGACUAAAACAAAGCAGGGAAUUUAUUGCCACCCUUUUUUCCUUGGAAAUCGAUGAGUCAGUAGCACUUACUUCAGGCAACACUUGAAUCAGGACUCAAUCUACAAGGCAGCACCUGUCUCUUCACUGGAUCUUCUCAGGUUGCCAACUGCACUGUGUGGACUGCAGUCAACAGCCCUACCUUGUCACUAGUACACAGUGACUCCUCUGGUCCAAAUGUGGAGGAAAGAGGCCACCUCAAAGAUGGGUGCUGUUCAUAGGGAUCGUUGGACUUUCCCUGACCAGAGAGAUGUCUGGCAGUGUUUGUAUAGAAGCCAUGAUAAUUUUUACAUGAAGGUUUUGAACAUGUCCUUGAACAUUUUUUCUCAAUUCCAAGAGGAUUUUUUUUUUCUUUUUAAUGUCUAGAAACAUAUUUUGAAUCCUUGAAGUUUUGACCUAAGAAGAAGAUGGAAAAUCUUGUGAUCAAAGCCUCAUUUAUAGAUGAAGAUGCUGAGGCAACUAGCUCACUGUCCUUCAGCAGGUUAUUGCUUACAGGAUUCCAUUUCCCACUCUAGUGGACUGGAAUAUCAUGGGGCAUGACAAGGCAUUAGGUUUCUUUGAAUAUGUAGAUGCUCAUAAAAGAUACCAAGGAAUGAAGAAAAAUGACUCUCAUAGGUGCUUGACUUUAGAAUUUAUAUGAAAAUCAGAUUCAUAGUGAAUUUGCUGUAAGAAGUAUUCCCACACACCCUGUUUUAAUGUAACUGACCAUUGCAGGGACUUGAAUGUGGCUUGAUUAAGGAAAUAAGUCCAAUAUAUGUCAGAAUGUUCUUUCAAAACCUUCAUUCAAACAGAGCAAAGCUAAAAGCUGGUCAUCAUAGUAUUUAUCCAGUUGGAUACGCAUAGCCUUUGGCUAUUUAACAGUUUUCUGCAAUGAAGGUUGGUGUAGUAUAAAGAAAAGACCAGAGGAUCUGUAGAUUGAGGCCUCAGAUUUCCAUUUCACCCUGCAAAACUCCCAUGCUCUGAAAUAGUCACUGAUUCAAGCUUUUUUUUUUUUUUUUUUUGAACCUUCUCUGGAGUAGAAAAAUACUAGCUAUUGGGAAGAUAAAGGAGAAUGUAUAUCUAUAUACACACUUAAAUCUAAUUGUGACAUGUACAUGCAAGACCUUUAGGUAGUGGAGUCCUCUGGUAGUGUUCUAAGUGGAGAUAUAGGACUUGAGUUCUUUUGAUCCUUAUUCCAGUUGACUUCAUUAGCAGCAACACUAGCAAUAGGCCCUGACAUCCUCUGAGGAGCCAGGUCUCCCUUCAUUGGAUCAUGAUGUCCCCAGCAGCAGAAGGCCAACUUGGUGGAGUCCAGUUUUUUUUAAUGUUAAUAAAAUCUUCAGCAGCAAUUGAGGGCUGAUGUUUAAGUCUAGGGCCUGAGGUUUAUUUCACAUUUUGAUAUGUUGGAACCUAGUGCAUAUACAUGUUUAAAUUCUAAUCAGCAAAGUUUCCAUGAAUUUUGUAGAGGCUUCCACCAAGCACUUUAGGAGUUCCUGGAUUGAGUCAUGAAUAUAUACAGACCACAGGGAUGCAAUCAUCCUUGACUCAUUUCUCCUGAUCAGGGCCUGUGCACACAUGUUAGAGAGCAACCUCAAAUAUGGUGAAAACAUAUUUGUCUGUGUUUAAGAGUGUGUACACAUCUGUGUGAAUUUAAAGUCCAGGAAUAACAGGUUUUUUUAGUGACAGCUAUUUGAGAGUGGCUACAGUCAGUGUUGGCUCAGAUAUUUAUGAAAGAAAUGGGAAAAUUGAGUGAAGGUCUUACAUAUUUUGUACAGUUGUGCUCAACCUACAAGAGUUUUAAUAAUUAUUAUUAUUUUUUCCCUUUCUGUUCUCUCAUUCUUUCACAAAAGUUUGGGUACUGUCACACAAAAUGAAAAGACAUGAAAACUGUCAACAAGAUAUUAUGCAAUGUUAUAGUUAUUUAAUACUAAUUCUACUGAUUUAAUACUAAUUAAAUUCUAAUUUAAUUCUAAUUAAAUUAUACUAUUUAAUACUAAUUCUACUAAUAACUGAUUAUUAUUAUUAUUAUUAUUAUUAGAGUUACUGGUAGCACAUCCUACUGGCCUCACUUCAGGGGGCCAACAGGGGUGGGUGGGUUUGAUAUCCUGCAGAUUACACUUAACAAACACUGUAUUUCACUAGUGCUUAGGCAAUGUUACACAAUUGAACAAAUGGUGUAUUAUGAGUACUGACCAAUUAAUACAGGCAGUAACAGGUGUAACACAAUGGUUCAUGUUGCUGAUUUGCAUCCCUUUUUUCAUGAUUAAGUCUCAAUGGAGGUAAACCAUCUUCAAAGUUUACCUCAUUUCAUGGGCAAUUUUUGUGCCAUACAUUCACUCAGUUAACGUUCUAAGCCAUCUAGGCAAAUUGUUCUUAACCUAGAAUUCUUAGGCCCUUGGAAUGUUUGUAAAUUUAUUCUUAGGGUCUCUGAGCUCUCCUUUUUCUCUUUCAGAUGCUUCUCCUUUUUCUCUUUCAGAUGCUUUAAUUAUUUUUCCAAUAAUCUUUAAAAAUUAAUAGAUAGGUAUCUUGGCUUUUCUGACUGUUUCAGAUUUGAGUACUGACAUAUAAUUUUUGUGCGGACAUUCUGGUAUCCACAGAAAAUAAUAAAAUUUACUUUGAACUGUUAAUGUAGAUAGAUGGGCAUCAAAUUAUUGUCAGAAGCCAGUGGUUAAUCCAUUUGGCACCUGCUCCAAUCCAUCCUCUCUUUCCAUGAUCAACUUCUACUUUAUAGUUCUUCAUCUCUGCUUAAGUCUUCCAGCAAGGGAACUCAUACCACAAGUGGGGUCAUGGAGCUGGGAGUUUGGAAGGACCCCAGUGACCUCAUGAUUCAGGUCUCAGAGUGUUAAACAGUUUGCCAAAGUAUCAUAACCAUUAGUGGAGGAUUUGCUCUGUUGUAUAUCUCUGGAUUUGCAAUCUUAUGCCUCUAAGUCAAUUGGUUUCACUUUUGGUAGCUUUAAUUGUUCCCUUUCUUCUGUUGAACAGGAACCAAUUUAAAAAACACUUGUUCUCAUUCUAAACUUGAACUGUACAAAAUAAGUGUAACUGUCCUCUGGUGAAGUAUAUGUAUGUGAAAAAUCAUUGAUCUUUUUCUGUUAGGGUGUGUGUCUUAUAGAAAGUCUAGAGAUUGCCCUUAAGGAUGUGGUACGAAUAUACUAUACAGUAAUAGCUUUGAAUAGGAACUAAAAUUUUAAAUUUAGGGUUUUUUUAAAAAAUGGAACUCUACAAAAAAAUUUAAAAAUGGAACCCUCUUAAAAAUGCUAGAGGAAGGCUGGGAUUCUGGCUCAGUGGUAGAGUGCUCGCCUAUCAGGUGUAAGACCCUGGGUUCAAUUCUCAGCACCAUAUAAAAAUAAAAUAAAGAUAUUGUGUCCAACUACAACUAAAAAAUAAAUAUUUUUAAAAAACGCUAGAAGAGGUCUCUGCUUCCUGAUAAUCAUGUGAACUGCUUCCCUCUGCCAUACUCUUCUGCCAUGAUGUUCUGCUUCAUCUUGAUACCCAAGGAAUGAAACUGGCCUUCUAUGGACUAAAACCUCUGAAACUGUGAGCCCUCAAAUAAAUUUUUCCCCCUCUACACAUGUUCUGGUUGGAUCCUUUAGUCACAGCAGUGAAAAAGCUGACUAAAACAGAAAUUGUUGCUGAGAAGUGGGAUCAUUGUUGUGACGAACCUGACCAUGUAGUUCAGAAUCUUUCUGAGCUUUUUGGAAUUGGUGGGAGGAUUUUGAGAUGUUUAGCAAUGCAAACUGGAAAUGCUUUAGGUUGUUGUAAGUGGAGCUUAAUGGCUGAUUUUGGUGGGAGCUCAGAAGAGCAGAAUGCUAAUAGGACUGUGGACAGUUAAGACAGAGCUCAAGAUUGUUUAGAGGAAAAAGAGGACACUAUGGUAAUUGGACUAGAGGCCAUUCCUAUUAUAUUCUGACUGAGAAGUUAUCUGCAUUUUGCCCAUACCCUGAGACUUUCUGUUAGGCUGAUUUUAAAAGUGAUGGACUUCUUAAUCUAGUAGAAGAAAUUUCUAGGCAGCAUAGCAUUCAGAAAGUGGCAUGGAUAUGCUGGCAGCCUUUAGCCAAACUUAUUGUUAUAGCCAGGAGCAGAAAGCAGAGCAGAAAGAUUUAGAAAAUGCAGACUUAAAGGUGGAAGUAAACUAGGGCUAAGGAAGUUGCAGUUAUUAAAGAUAUUACUUCCACUAAAGAAAUGCCAAAGACUUUGCCCAGAGACAAUGAGAAAGAUGGCUUGAGGACAUCUCAGGAAUUUGCAAGACCAGACCCUCCUCAGACUCAAGGAAAGAAAAGUAAAAAUUCUCUUGAGAUGAAAUCAGUGGGGAAUCCUUCUUGUACAAAGGGGCCUAGAAAGUUUUUUCAACAUGCUCAACCACUCAGACACUCAGAGGCUGCUGCAGCAAGUGUCCCCGGAGGCUAAGCUACUGCUUGAGAUGGCAGUAGACCUUGGUGUUAAUCACAUAGUGCUGGUUCUGCAGGAAUGCAGGAGGCUGGAGUGAGGGGGUAUGGAGGCUUCAAUCAAGAUUUCAAAGGAAGUUCUGGGAGGCGAGGCAAGGUGCUGCAGGGUUGGAGUCCCUGUGGGCUGCACCUGAAAGGACAAAGAGGGGAGAUGUGUGGAGGAAGCUGAAGCUGCAGUGAAGACCCCCAAGAUGAAGAAAUGACAGUAACGUGGGACAUUGUCCUAGGAAAGCUGCAGGAAUUAAGCAGAGACAAGCCAACAGAAAGGCCACUUGGUCUGCACCCAACAAGGCCACAGGGACAGAGCUACAUAAGCCCUUUGGAGAAGACAUUAUACCAUAUGAUCCAGAUGUUGGACAAAGAACUACAGGGCUUGUUUGCGCACCUGGUUGGUCUUGCUUUGGUCCCAUCCCUUCUUUCUAUGCCCCUAUUUUUGUGAGUGGAAAUGUUUACUCUGUACCUGUAUAUAGUGUAUACUUGUAAAUUGCUUUGGAUACUUGUAAAUUGCUUUUAAUUUUACAUGAUCUCACAAUGCAAGAUUGUUUUGAGCCUCAGAGAAAACUUUGGACUUGAGCUUUGAGAAGUCUCAGAACUAUCGAGAAUAUGGGGACUCUUGGGAAUGGACUAAAUGUAUUUUGCAUUGUCAGAUGAGUGUGAACUUUUGGGGGUCAGGGACAGAAUAUAAUGGUUUGGAUGUGAAGUGUCUCCCAAAAGCUCACAUGUGAGACAAUGCAAGAGGGUUCAGAAUGGAAAUGAUUGGGUUGUGAGAGCCUUAACCCAGUCAGUGAAUUAAUCACCUGAUGGGGUUAAUCCAGUGGUAACUGAUGCAGGUGGAGUAUUGAGGGCGUGGCUUUGGGAUAUAUAUUUAUAUCUGUCAAGUGGAGAUCUCUGAUUCCUGAUUAUCAUGUGAGUUGCUUCUCUCUGCCACAUCAUUCCUCCAUGAUGUUCUGCCUCACCUUGAGCCAUGAGGAAUGGAGCCAGCCUUCCAUAGACUAUGACCUCUGAAACUGUGAACCCUCAAAUAUGCUUUUCCUCCUGACACAUGUUUUGGUCAGGUCCUUUAGUGACAGCAGCAAAAAAGAUGACUAAAACACCCUUAUACCUAAACCUAACUUUAUGUAAAAGCGUAUGUAAUAUAUUUUGACAUAUAUUCAAUUAUUAAUGAUAUAUUCAUAUAUAUUAUUAUAUAUUCAUAUAUAUAAUUUAUCCAUGCAUCCCAAGUUAGGGUUUGGGCUGUGGCUCAGAGGUAGAGUGCUCGCCUUCCAUGUGUGAGGCACUGGGUUCGAUCCUCAGCACCACAUACAAAUAAAGAUAUUGUGCCUACCUAUAACUAAAAAAUAAACAUAAAAAAAUUUGUACUCAUUUAAAAAAUGCUAGAAGAAAUCUUUGUUUAAACAAUGACUCAUUUGGCAAUGCAAACAAUCAUUUCCUACCAUAACUUUUGCAGAUUAGUUUUAAAAGUUUUUCUAUUAAAAAAUUUAAAGUAUAUUGAUUUUUACUUCUUACAUUUAAUUUUGGGUAGAUAAUAUCUUUACGUUGUAUCAUGAUAAGAAAAUGAGAAUAGGUGUUCAAAAAAGUCUUGAAUUUUUCUGUCUACCAUGUGCCCAGUCCUUUCCAUGUCCUCAACCCAUAGAUCACUCCAGACAAGUAUGUAUGUAUUUGUUGUGCAAAUUCAACAAAUACAAACAUAUAUUUGUUUAAAAUAGGUAUUAUUGAGAGAGAAAACAUAUACUGUGAAAUUCAUAUCUCUCAUUUGAUCUCAUUUUUUUUAAAGGUGAAAGAAGAAUCCUUUUAUAGAAGUUGUUAUAGUCAACAGCUGUAGAAAAUAUUUCCCCCAUUUUGGACUCUUUCGUGAGCACUGUGUUUCUCAAAUUUCAGGCAUUCACAUUCACCUUUCCCCAAAAUGUGUCAUAGGUUUAUAACACCUGUUAGGUUACCUAUCAAAUAGUGUGCUUUAAAUUGAUUUUUUUUUUUGAGGGGAUGCUGGGGAUUAAAGCUCAUACAUGCUAAGCAAGUGCUCUAUUUAUUAUUUUUUUUUUUUAAUUUUGAGACAAGGUCUCACUAAGGUGCUUAGACUGGUUUCAAACUUGGCGAUCCUCCUGUCUCAGCCUCCUGAGUCGCUGGGAUUAUAGGAGUGCAAUACCGCACCAGGCUUCCCUCCUCCUUUCUUUCCUGUGGUGGUAGUGUCAAAAUCAGGACUUUGAGCUUAGUAAGAUAGUACUCUACCACUGGGUUACAUUCCCAUGCAUAUAUAGUGAGUUUCAGAAACAUAGUUAGGCAGCCACUGUCACCACCUCAGGGUGAGGUCACAGAAAGCUGCCAUGAGAUGAUGGAUGUGAAAGGUCAUUUACUACCUUGCACUCAUUCAUUCAGUCGAAAUUUACUGGGCACUCACUGCGUGCCCCAUCCUGUGUUAAGCGCUGGGGCCAGGGCGGGACCAAGACUCAGGGCUGUUCUUAAAAGGCUCCCCAAGCCCAGCGCAGUGGCACACACCUGUAAUCCCAGUGGCUUGGGAGGCUGAGACAGGAGGAUCGGGAGUUCAAAGCCAGCCUCAGCAACAGCAAGGCACUAAGCAAUUCAGUGAGACCCUCUCUCUAAAUAAAAUUCAAAAUAGGGCUGGGGGUGUGGCUCAGUGGUCGUGAGCUUGAGAUCAAUCCCCGGUAACAACAACAAAAGGCUCCCUAAGGUGGUCCUUUACCCUCGGUGUCAUCCGCAAAAAGUUCUGUGGGUGGGAGACGACCAAGAGAAUUGCUUCUUAGGCUGCAGAAGGGUCAUAGGGGAGUCCAGCAAAGUUGUCCUGGUGGCUCUGACUAUGUGAGGUCAGCGUCCCUGCAGGUUGUAUCUGAGGUCGGGACUGGACGCCCCCGGGGAUCCCUUCCCGACUCCUCCCAGUUCAUUCCUUCUCAGAUCUCCUUCUGAAGUGGAAGCCACUGUUCCCAUUUUGCAGCUAACAGUUUAAAGAAGAGAGAUGAGUCACACCUGAGCCCCAGUCCAGGAACUGUCCUACCUCCAGCUGCGGCAGAGGCCGCCAGAUCGCUCAGGGAGUUUGGUGUCUCUUUGUGCCAGGCCCAGGAUGUCAUGAGCGGUCGGGCCUCUGGUACAUUACUGGGCCCUCUACAAUGUCCCUCCAUCCCCGGGGACCUUCGUCGCCCCUCAGCUUGCCAGGCCUGAGGGAGCUGUGGAAACUCUAAUCCUCGCCCCCGCUCCGUGACACAAACACCCUCUCAUUUUAAGUAAUUCUUUAGGAUAUAUGGAAAAUACUGGUACAAUUUCAGAAUGGAAUAACUUUAUGAGCUUUGUAGAUUGCAACUAGAUUUAUUUAUAAAUACGGAGAAAUGUCCCUUCUUAUCUUUUGAGUGAUGUCCUUGACUUGAUCUACUAACCUUUUUAUGAUUAUGUAUAAUGUAUGAUCAUUGUGGAAUAAUUGGGAAAUGUAAGUCCACACAAACAGGAAUAUAUUCAUUUAUAAUUCCAUUUUUGUACAGGAUAUAUUUUCCCAUUAUUUCAACUUCUGCAUUUGUCCUUGAUCUUACCCAUCUCUUUGAAAUACAUUAUUGUCUACACCACCAAUCGUGCAUCUAGAAAAAUGUGUUAUCAAUAAUAAAUGUAUUCCACCUGA